AUGGGAGCUCCCUGCAGCCGUUACGAUUGUUGCCACUUCGGAGCUGAAUACCCGUUGCUCACAUUCGGUAGUGCUGUUGAAAUCACAGGUAUCUUAAAGAAAAGUCCACAUGAGAAACAACCGGUGGAACUAGAAGCAAAUCAGAUCCGUGUAGUAGGAGAAUGUAACCCUGUGGAUUUCCCCUUUAAAGUCAAAAAGAGGCACAGUCUAGAGUACCUUCGACAGUUUCCUCAUCUCAGGUGUCGGACAAAUUCUUUUAGUUCCCUGUUGAGAAUACGAAGCGAGGCCACUGCGGCAAUUCACUCAUAUUUCAAGUCGAACGGCUUUGUGCAGAUUCACACUCCAACGAUCACGUCUAAUGACUGCGAAGGGGCAGGGGAGCUCUUUCAAGUAGAGUCGUCGAACCCACUGCACGCAGAGGAAGACAACUUUUUCUCCGUCCCGGCCUUCCUCACUGUGUCUGGUCAGCUUCAUUUGGAGGUGAUGUCAGGAGCUUUUUCUAGAGUCUACACAUUUGGGCCAACUUUUCGUGCAGAGAACUCCCAGAGCAGGCGUCACUUGGCUGAGUUUUACAUGGUGGAGGCCGAAGUCUCCUUUACACAGUCCUUAGAGGAUCUUACCAAGGUCAUGGAGGACAUGUUCAGGUCUGCUACGGAGCAUGUCUUGGCGCAGUGUGCAGACGAUGUGGAUUUAUUUCACAAGCAUGUGACUCCUGGACACAGGGAAACUGUAGAUGCUAUGCUGAAGAACAGAUUCCCUGUGAUUUCCUACACGGAGGCGAUAGACAUUUUACAGCGCAGCUCUGAGGCAUUUCUCUUCCCAACAGAAUGGGGUUGUGACCUUCAGACCGAACAUGAGAAGUACCUGGUGAAACAUUGCGGCAACAUUCCAGUGUUCGUCACUGAUUAUCCUUACGCUCUGAAGCCGUUUUAUGCAAGAGACAACCAGGACCGUCCUAACCAUACAGCGGCUGCCGUGGACCUUCUGGUGCCAGGAGUUGGAGAGCUGUGUGGAGGCUCGCUGAGGGAGGAGAGGCUGCAUCUGCUCCAAUCGAGGCUGGAACAGGUUGGAUUAGAAGACAUUUACAGCUGGUAUCUGGAUCUGAGGCGUUUCGGUUCGGUGCCUCACGGCGGCUUCGGGCUGGGAUUUGAACGAUAUUUGCAGUGCAUUCUGGGAGUCGACAACAUAAAAGACGUCAUUCCUUUUCCUAGAUUUUCCCGUUCGUGUCUUCUCUAAAACUGAAGUCUGUCAGGAGAAUGAAUAAAACAUGUUUUUUUCGGU